AGUGAGGCAGUAGAGCAUCACUGAGGCACAGAGAAGAAGAAGAGAGGAAUGCAGCGGUUGGCCAUUGUUUCUCUUCCUGACAACACGAAGCCCUGAGCCGGCGGACUAAGUGAGGAAUAUGCGCUCACUUAUCGGAUUUAUCACUGUUGUGGUCGCAGCAAGCUUGUACCUGUACUCUCUGUCCUUGUAUCUUCCUGCGGGACCACGACACCGUCCUCCUCCUCCUCCUGCCGCUGCUGAGGGACAACAUGUGGAGACAGAGGAGAGUGAGCAGCCCGCUGACAGCUCCCAAGAGCCCCGCAGGUAAUGAUGAUGGUCCUUUAAUCCAAUAAAGAAAAAUCCAAUAAACUCUGUCGUUUGGAUUUUUCACAUUAAUAAUUCACAAUCAAAAUGUUGACCGGUGUUUAAUCGGUGUGCUGCUGUAACGUUACUGUCUGUAGGGGAGGUUAUUAUCAGUGUCCUGUACUGAGCUCUCAGAUAAGGAGAAUUACUACAGUUUUCUGAGGUGAAAAAGAAAUUAUACUAACUGGGUAACAGUUCAGAGCAAUAAAUAUAAACCUGUGAAUUGGCCACUGAGAAAGUACUAAAGAAUAACCUUCUAAACUAAACGUGAAAUCGUUGCAAACAAAAGUUUUCAAAGAUAAAUCCACUUUUUUUCAGCUACAAAUCAGGAAAUCUGAGAAAACAUCAACCGUUUUUAACCUUUUGAUUUCUUUUUACUGGUGUAACUUAGUCCUAAUCUAAUUUUUUCAACUUGAAUCAUCAAAUAGGUGUCUGAAAGUUAUCAUAUUAAAUGCUUAUCAGAAUGUAAUGGAGCCAAACACUGGAACAAAUAGAGUAUAUACAGUCUAUGGUUACACAGCUUACAGUACUAAAAAAAGAGAUGUUCAUUAUUUAAGCUAUUUGCUAGAGUCCUUGGAGAAAACAAAGGAUUUAACCAAUGUUAAAAAUACUCACAAUACCACUAUUUUAGGUGAGAAUUGCCACUGAAUACACCGUGCUCCUAAAGGUGCAGGGUUAAAGUCAUUAUUAGGGUCACAGCAAGGGUUCAUCAGGUGGUGUUGUGGAGAAUCAGACUGGAAAAAAAAUCUAUUUAUUGUGUCAUACUUUUAUCUGAAUGACAAUAUCAAAGUUGGUCCCGUGCAUACUGUAAACUGCAUCACACCAUGUGUAUUGUGGUGUGGUUAUUUGUCCCCAUCAUCAUGUUUUAGGUCAUCAUUUCAAAGGUUAAAGGGCUUUCAUUCAUUAGCAGACAUUACACAGGCUCAUUCAGUUAUCUGUAAACCUCUCGUGUUCAUGACUAACUAUGUGUGUCUGUCUUUGAUAUUCUUGCAGGUUGAAGUUCCCAUCAGACCUGGAGGAGCUGAGGGAACUGGCCGAGCUCCUGCAGUUUUACAAGACGGAGCACACUGGAUAUGUCCUGCUGCUCUUCUCCAGUGCAUAUCUGUACAAGCAGUCCUUUGCCAUUCCUGGAUCCUCAUUCCUGGUAUAGUGAGAAAGAAAGCUCGACAUCUUUCAAAAAUUAACUAGAGCAGUUUUCAUCCUUAAUUUGGAAUAGGCUUUGAGAUAAAAUAGAUCUCAAAAGUUUGCAAAAGAAAGCUGUCAUGGGUAGAAGGUUUAGAGAAUGAAGGCACACAGCCAAGAUGUAUUUUAAGAUAGAAGUCCAGGCACUUGAUCCUGUUGAGUCUCCUCUUUAAAGACAAAAUGCAGAGGAUAAAAAUAUGUAGCAAGCUCAAACAACAAAGGAAUGUCAGACUUGCCUCUGGAGUCUGGUGAAAGCUUGUCUUUCCUGCUCACAGUAGCCCUAUCUUUACAGCUGACAGUGUAGCUCAAAGAACGCGUCUCAACCACACACUACAUAUGUGGUUAUAGUGACUGACACCAAGUGUCCUACACUUAAAACCACUGCCAGAUCACAGGAGGAGAUACAGUAGAGCCGCAUGUCAGAGCUUAUCAUAGUAAUGAUGUCUGCUAAACUCAGCCUUCUCUGAUUUGUGUGUUGUGUGCAGAAUAUUCUAGCAGGAGCUAUAUUUGGACCAUACCAAGGUCUGCUGCUUGCCUGUGUGCUCACCACUGUGGGCUCCACCAUGUGCUACCUCCUGUCGCAGGCUUUUGGAAAACAGUACAUCAGUAACCUCUUCCCUGACAAAGUGUCCAUGCUGCAAACAAAGGUAAGUUUUUUUCACUACCACAAGACAACAACUGUGGAAAUUAACACUAUACAAGUUUAAAGCUGAAAGAUGAAUCAUUUCUUAGGGUGUGAAGUUCCUCCAGAGAGAAGAAGGAUCUACACACUGCUGACAGUGCAUCUUCUAUAAAUAGACCAAGAGGCUCUUGAUUUUCUUACACAUGAUAUCUGUGAUGUGCAAAUAGGGUUCAGGUUAAAGUGAAAGAGGAAAUGAAAGACACAUCUGUGAGCAUCAGUAAACUACCAAGGACCAAGAGAAAUAUUGAUGAAGUCAGGCAGACUCUUUUUACCAGCUAACUGGUCUCAUGAAAUCAGACACACACAAACAAACUGAAAGAUUUCUAAAGCAAACAGUGAGUAUUUGUGUAGACCUUUUUAAGUGUUUUCACUUUGAGAGUGAAAACAGUUUUUUUUCUUCUUAAAGUUACAUUUCGGGGGAUUUUUCCGGUAUGAGAUAGGAUGGUACACAUGGAGAGAAAAAAGAGGAGGAAGACAUGCAGCAAAGGGUUGUGGCCAUAGACUGUAUAUACUAUGGACAACUUCCGCCUGCCGCCUGUAUACGGAUUUGAAGCCAAAAAGCUCUCGAUAUUUCCGGGAUUUUUCUUCAUAUCCUGAAACCAGCGCUGUGCAGUAGCGAUGCGCGCCGCAGAGAGUCGCUGUGAUGACGCUUGGCUCGAACAGCGUAUCCCCGGGAGAGCUACGCAAUCCCUGAACGCCCAUUGGCUGUAUCAGGUGUCAAUCAUAGCAAACAUGAACCCCCUAAUAGCUUUUAAAAACGGAGCCUCACAGAAAAAAGAGGACUUGAGCACAAACCAGUCUUACUGUAACUACAUGUCAACAUCACAAGCAGGGGGGAGAAAAAAUGAUGUUCUGUGUAAUAAAUUUCUAAAGUUGGUCCACAGCCCCAUAAGCUUUGCUGGCGGAGGCGGGAUUUGUGACCUAUACUGCAGCCCAUCAACAGAGGGUGCUGUUCUCGGAGUGGCUUCACCCAGCAAGGAGGCAGACUCUGUCCAUUCUUUAUACAGUCAAUGGUUGUGCCAGGGAGUGAAAUCAGCCAGCGACCCCUGUAACGGGGACAUUAGCCUCUGCAAGUGACGCACUAGACCACUAGGCCCUUAAAAAGCCCCAAACAAAGUGAUUUUAUCCAGUUUUAUACUUGCUUCUGUUCACAUGUGAUUAGGGGUGUCCCUAUACAACUUUUGACUACCGAUACAAUACUGAUAUUGAUCCAAUAUUGGCACAAAAUUUUGCAUGACAAGUUCUUCACUCAGCUGCAACGUCUUUUUCGGACUUAAACCAAAAAUACUACCACAUCACUCCUACUCCUUGCUACUUUCAUAGUACCUUAGUACACACUGUUGUUCUGAUUUUGUGGGCUCAGCUUGCUGGAUCUGGAUGUUACUAGAUAGAGGUGCUGGAGUGGAGUCUGAAAUGGACUGCUUGUAUCAGUGAACUGAUUUUGGAGAUUUUAGAUGCAGGUUGAUAUAAUCCAAUAUUUGUUUUUUGCUGAUAUCGGAUAGUGCUGGACGAUAAUUCGAUAACAAUAUAUAUCGAUCGAUAGACGUGUGCUGCGAUAGAAAAAAAACGGGUCGAUAAAAAGUUCGAUAGAAAAACACAGUUUCCCUUUCUUUUUCAUCAUAGCCUAUCAUGUAGCUUUUACUACAGUCAUUACUUCCUCCCAACCAAUCACAAACGCAGACCCUGGUACGCUACGGCACCAAGCCCAGCCCCUAUCAAACCACAACAGACAGCACGUGUAUUAGAAAAAAUGAUACAGCAAGGAGAGGCGGAGGACAUUGUCAGUAGUGCACCAGCAUGGCAAUGUUUUGGUUUUUAGAAGUAUGACAAAAAGCGAACAGCGGUCGUUUGCAAAAUUUGCAGAGAAUUAGUAAAAACCAAGUCUGGUAACACAACCAACUUGUUUUACCAUCUAAACCGGUCGCACCCGCAGGAGUACGAGCUGUGUCGGCCGCGCCCCGGCUCCACGUCGUCGGAGGAGGAAUCCUCUGGAACCGCUGCCAGCACCAGCACAAAGCAAGUGAAGCAGACCAAACUGGACUUCGUUUCUUGCCAAAAUACGACAAAGCGUCCAAGCGGCAUAAGGACAUCACCCAUGCAGUAACAUGCUGCAUAGCGAGGGACAUACUGCCAAUAACUACCGUUGAAAAGCCUGGCUUCGACCAGCUUCUAGCCACUCUCGACCCGCGAUAUGAAGUGCCCGGCCGCAAGUAUUUCUCAAACACAGCGCUUCAGGCAUGAAAAUGGGUCAGGGGUUGAAAAGGUGAGAAGAAUGCAUCCCGUCCACUCAUUAGCUUCUUAAAGUGGAAGAAAAUGAGCUCAUAUUUUACAAAGACGCGAGUAUUUGGAUCAUGGCUACUAGCAGGGGGUGCAUUCGGCAGGGGUGCAUUCUACGACAUAACACCGGCGUGGAUAAGUCCUGCUUCUCGUGCUCAGUUUGCGUAUCAAGUCAAUCACAUGAUGAUUAAAAAUAAAUAAAUCUCCCGACCCCGGGAGAAAUGUUUCAAUGUUCAGACACCAGGCUGUGGGCAGUUUCUCACACAGUUAAAACUGGUAGUAUGUUAUUCCCACCUAAAGCUAUUCUGUUCAUUCAUAUAUUUGUUUGUUUUGUUUAUUUUCAUCAAAAGACUAUUUAAAUAUUUAUUUAUCAGAUUUUCUGGUCACUUUAGUCUAUAUGUUUGUCAGUAUUUACUGACGUCACUCAGGCCCCUUAAGUUGAUUUCUUUUUUUUUUUUUUGUUCUUUUUUAAAAAACUUUCAGUUGUGGUAAAAUAAAAAAGGUGGUUGAAUAAAGGUUUGAAUUUGAAUUCAGUGCUUCUGUGUUCUUUAUUAAAAGUAGGUCAUUAAGCAAUAGCAUAAAACAUCAAGGGCUGCAAUUAAAAUAUAUGUUAAAUAAUUAUAAUAAUUAUAUCGAUAAUUAUCGAUAUCGAUCAAUAUGAUUUAUUUUUUAUCGAUAUGCUUUUUUUCUAUAUCGUCCAGGCCUAAUAUCGGACCAAUAUCAAUACCAUAUCAGGACACCCUUACACGUGAUUAAGGUUAAGAAAAGCACAUGCACAAACUUAAACUCAUUGUUUGCAUUCACAGUUAAACAAAGAAUACUUCUGGAAGCUGUCCUGCCAGAGAAAUACACAUGUAUACUUAAAAAAAUGUUAAACCUGCCUUUAGUAAGAUAAAAAUUUAAUUAUAUUCAUGUUUAUCAAAAUGAGAUAUGGUAAGACCUGUGUGUCUUGUGUAGCACACACAGUAUAGUAGUUGUGCAUUAAACCUGGUUCAUGUUCUAAGUGGGAUUCUGGUGUGCUGAGCUCUGUGUUAUAGCUCUGGUGGUUGCUGUUUAGUCUGACAUUGUUCUUCACCAAAAUAGAUCUCAAAUAAUGACUCUGAAAGUCAAAAAGGCAUGUUGCUAUGGUGACUGUUAUUUUCUUUUUCCCAUUACAGUAACAAAAAUGUCAAACCUGAGAGAGGAAAAAACAAAAAGGAUCAGUUGUCCCCUCAUAGGCUGGAAUAUAUUUUUCAAACAUCUCUUCUUUAUCUCUCAGGUUGAGGACAACAGGGACUGUUUGUUCUUCUUUCUGCUCUUCCUGAGAUUCUUUCCCAUGUCUCCGAACUGGUUCCUGAACAUGUCUGCCCCGAUCGUCAACAUCCCCAUCACCUUCUUCUUCUGCUCAGUCUUCAUUGGUAAGCAAACAUGCGCUUCUCCUGAUUGACUGCUUGUCAGAGCUGUCAGAAAAUGAUAAAUGACACACUCUCCACAACCUGUGCUGACACUGUGAAUCCGAACAAAAUCAAAUAUUUUCCAUUCUUGGGUUUUCCAGAUAAAUAAUGGAAAAACUGUUUGUCAUAUUUUGGCUAUUUGUCACAAAUCACAGAGAAGCAGGCAUGCAUUAGUUUGGAAAAAAAAAAAGAACAUUUUUCUUUGUUGUGUAAAUAAAGCUUAAUAACUUUUAUUUUCCCUCUGUGCUUUGGUAGGCCUGCUGCCGUACAACUUUAUCUGUGUGCAGACAGGCGUCAUGCUGUCAGAGGUGUCUUCUCUGGAUGACUUGUUCUCCUGGGAGCGUCUGCUGCAGCUGCUGGCCAUCGCCUGCAUGGCUCUGCUUCCUGGCGCUCUCAUCCGACAUUUCAGUCAGAAGCGACUCAAACUCGACGUACAGACAAAGAACGGGCUUGUUGAAGAUAAGAAGGUCAAGUGAUUUGUUCUGGAAAUCAGUUUAGGCUAUUUUACUCCUAGGCGCACUGAAUGUAUUUAAAGUGGAGAUGUUAGAGGACAACUUUCGCACUCACAUGAGUGAAAGUUUAUUUAUCUGGAGAACUUUUAUGGAUUGCAGAAAGAUUACAUGAGAAGUAUUUUGUUUUACCAAAUGGUGUUUAUGCAGCAGACAUGUUGUGGGUACAAUCCUCACACUGUGUGUGUAGAUAAACUAUAAAUGUUUGAAUGUACAACGAUCAAAUGAACAGAGGGAGGGAUUUUAAAGGAAACCUGCACUCUUCUUAUAUUCGGCUGUAAGUUGAAGUGCCUGUUGCACGGUGGCUGACUGUUUCAAACCUCUACCUCCAAUCUGGACUUGUGGACAAGCCAAUGGAAGUAAACCAUCCAUAGUAACUGGACUGUUGAUGGAAAGUAUUUGCAACAGAAGCACUGGCAGUGAUUGCAGCAUAUAUAAAAGUGUACGACUAAAAGUUGUAUUUUCUUGCUCAACUUUGCAUUUUGUUAAUGAAGCAGAAAUUCUGUGGGUGUUUGAAACAUUUUUGUACUAUUUUUCAUAUUUGAUGGAGUUUUUUCAUAAAUGAUGUAUUUCAGAGAGCAGAGUGUAACAUUCAGGAUGUGUAAUGAGCUAACAGUUCAAUCAUACUCUCUGUAUGUGGCCGGAUUUAAAGCUCUGUUUCGCUGUGUCAUCCUUUUCAAUCAUCUGGAUUCUUGUCUAAAAAGUGAAUGUGGAGUUAUUUCAGGCAGUGUGAAGCCUCAGUGUUGCUGUGUGGACUCUGUCUUCGCUGCCUUUUUUAUUGUCCACAUGUCUUUUGUUCUGUACAGGUCCAUUAAUGUCCUCAUUGUGCAAAGUUUUAUUUUUAAACCAGUCAUGUGGGUUAAGAUUUGUUGCAUCAGCUCUCUUUGUGGAGUUUUAUGAGUGUGUUGUUUGUACUUUACUUGUACAUCUGUAUUAUGUCAGAUCACAAGUGACUGUUUUUCUGUCUGAAGUGGGAAAAAAAACCCUUUGAAACAAUAAAACAACAUUAAAUGUGUUUCUCAAA